AUGGAACAGAGGUUGGUUAACGAAGGCGGACCAACGAGCCCGCAUGCUGAACUGCCCGGUUCUGGGUUGAUGCAAAGGCCAACUCCAGAUGGUGCAGAGCCAGAGUUGCGAGAAUCCGAGCUGUCCACAACACUCCGCAUGCAGAAGAAGACACAUGCCGUCCCCUUUUGGAUCGGCGCAGCUGCUGUCUUUCUGUUCUCCCUUCUGGUUUUGGGGGGCUGGAAAGCUGUUGCCAAGAGGGAACGACGUCCAGUGGGGCCCCCUGUGCCAACAGACCCCGAGGGUUUGAAGGGGACAUUGGAUGCACUAGAGAAAGCUGCGGAACGCGUGAGGGCCAAGUGGACUUUGUCGUCUGAAGAUGUGCGUGCGGCCUUUAGCUCAUAUUAUUCCCCACGCAAUGUGGCAUCACCUAGAGAAGUGGAUCCCAGGACGAUCCCGGGAACCGUCGGACUCUUGGUUGAUACGUAUGUGAAGGCAUUGAAAUCCGGGCCGUUCCCCGACAAAAAUGCCAGCAAGGAAGAAAAGGAAGAGUAUGCUCUAAGCAACAUGUUGCUAUCAGCUGUGUUGGAUGCUGUUUAUACCCGUCUGGACCAGCUGACCAGCAUGGAGAGCUUUGCAGCCGGCAACCCAGGAAUUGAAGUUGUUCACUUGGGAGUUCGUACUCCCCUCCUUUGGAUGUGCGACUUGGAGAAGGAAGAGGACACAGUUUCCUUUGCAAAGUUCAGUCGUGAUCUACAAGCAGCAGGCAUUGUCCAAUUGCCGCCACAAAACGGUGAAGGGCCGACGGCUCCGGAAGCGCAGGUCGAGCGUUUAAAAGGUUAUGUCAAAUUGAAUAACCUAAUCAGCUCGUAUGACCAGAAAGUUUUGGGGAUAUUCCAAGAGCUGCUCGGUUUCGUGGCGCAGGCCAAGUUUGGGCGGGACAGUGAUGGAAAAGAGCGAAUAGACAAUCUCUACAUCUCCCCAUCCAGUCCCCCGUUUCCCUUCACCCGCUUUGCUCAGGCCGUUGAUCGAAGCUCCAAGAGGACAGAAGUACGGCGCGUUUCCCCUUCUAAUGUACUUGGUUGGAAGGACCACUGGAAUAUGCCGGGCUUGCAAGCUCAGAUUUUCAGGGAAAGAACCAAAGUUGUGGGAAGCGUUUACCUUCAGCAAGAAGAGAGGCGUGAUGCCGUCAGUGGAUGGCUGAAGAGGCACGAGCAUCUCACGCGUCUAUCGCAUCCAUUUACAAUUGCAGUCAGUCUUUUGUAG